GAAUUUUUAUAACAACAGAAGUUAAUAUAGUUACUUGAUUGUGCUAUAAUGGUAAUAUUUAGAUGGUACUGCCCCUUAAACUUUUUUUGAUAGUUAUGCCAGUUGAGGGUCUUUUGAUAUGAAGGUAAUUUAAAAAUGAACUUAGUUAAUUUGAGCUCAUGUGAAGGGGUAUGUGACCUGGGGAUUGGCCAGCAAGACAUCCCACAAUGCAUUGUGGUAAUUAAACCAAUUUUUUAUUUGUCACAAAAAUUAAUUUUAAGAUGCUUAAGGUGAAAAUGUACGCAGUCAGUUCAUCAAGAAUGAGCCACGUUCACAGCUGCUAUUAACUAUUUUUUACAUUUCCAUACGUGAAACUGCACCAUGACUGAGUUGUACAUUAAUUUUCAUUUUGUUUUACUGAAAUAAAAGUGAGCAAAUUUUCGCUGCUCUGUAUAUUAUCUGAUAAAGUUUGAGUAGAGAAUCAAAUAAAAAGCUGGGAAAUGUUUCAAUCAAGUAAUUUUCUUUUUACAUAAGUAGCUUUAAGUUAAAAUAUGUUCCUUCAGAAAGCUUUGGGAUUCAAACUGAUUAUGAGUUACAACAUACACAGAUUUAUUGAAAAUUGUACAAGUGAAUUCUACUUAAGCAGCUAAUUUAAUAAAAAUUACAACAUUUUGAGGCAAUGAGUUUGCAUAUAUUUCUUAAGUAAGGAGAACUAAUGAGUUUUUGCAGUGCAGCAGGAUGACAGGAGAACAAUGGCCGUGCUUAGACUCCGGGUUUCAGAUGGAAAUCAAACGUGCGGCUGAAGGAAGUCCGGUUAAAGCGUCCAGGAGCUUCAGUGGAAAGUGCUGCUCAUCUGGCUGUAAUUAAAUCAGAACCACUUGAACUCACAUCCAUCUUUAUUUUCCUCCAUGCUGCCUUGUGCAGCCGCUCGCUGGGCCUCCUCCAGCUUUGUUUAAACCUCCUCUCUGACUUCCACUCACUACAUGUCCAAUUGCACAUUUUCAUAAUCAGCAUUGACUUCUCAUUUUUCCGUCAGACAUAAAAGUUUUCUUUGUCAGAGAUGUCAAAGUUUUGAAUCACAUCCUUUCAAGCUCCCCAGCAUGAAUGCUCUUACAGGCAGUAAGGUAACGGCUCCAUGGAACAUUAAUGUGAAACGUAUUCAACCUGCUUCACAGGGCGGCAAUUACAGAAAUAAGCCAAGAUUGCUUUGUUGCACCAAAGUACUAAGAGGCUACUGAACAAUAUGAGCCUGUUCGUUCUGCAGAGACUCUCGAGAAAGCAGCUUUUAAAGCCUCUGCUGUGAAAAAAUGCUUUUAAAAGACUUUUUAUUGACAUUUUCCACUGAACUCUCAAACUUUUACUGUGUAUUUCAAACUUUUGAGAGCGUGUCGGCUCUCAAAAAAUAUUCCACUCUCCAUUUACUUUUAUUAUAACAUUCAGGUAAAAACUCCCUUUUCUUUCUUCCAGGAGAAAUGGGAAAAUAUGAGCUGAAUAGCUGAUCAUCAUUUGGGGUCAAUACUUACAGUUUUACCAGAGUGUGGACAAAAUAACAGAGAGGCAGUCCAAGAUGAAAGCAAUCGUAGCGGCGGUACUUAGCGGCGUGUUCUGCACCGUUGUGUCAGCAUCUUCCAAAGUCAAAGAGGAAAGGAGGACGGCCUUCUUCGGCGAAGACGUCCACAUCGAAGUGUCGUCGUGGAGCGACCCGGAGGUCGUGUUCCGACCCAGAACCAACAGCUCCUACGAGGUGCCUCUGCUCCAGGCGGGCCGGGUGACGAACCAGAACAAGACGGAGCUCAACUCUCUGGGCCACCUGGUGCUGAAGGACGUGCAGGAGGAAGACGAGGGGCUGUACAUCAUCAGAAGCGGCAGAAAUGUCAGCAUUUCCAAAAACCUCGUCCUCAUCGUGAGGGACUGCGUUUUGGAGCAGGUUGUAAAGUAUGGAGAAACGUACAUCAUCCACCUGAGUCAAAUCAAAGGUCCGAUCACGCUGGAGUUCAGGCCCAGCCUGGUCAGAGUCAACCAGACGGUGGUCCCUCACACCUCGGAGCCCCCCCCAGUGCUCCUCUACAACCGGAGCGCCGUGUUGGGGGACGACUACGUUGGGCGCCUCAGCGUGUCGGACAGGCAGGUGAUGCUGCACUCGGUCAGGAUGACGGAUGAAGGAAGCUUCACGGUUCUGGACCGGGACGGUCACACCAAGACGAGGAGCUGCCUGAAUGUCAGAGAUCACCAGAGUUUCAUGCAUUUUGCCUACGGAGAAAACCUGAAGAUGAAGCUCUUCCUGCACUACUCCAACCUCAACGUGGUCUACAGGUCCAAACUGGACAACCAGGACCGGGUCAUCGUGAACCAGGGGGUUCUGUUGGCGCCGCUGGACCCGCAGCUGGAGGGACGGCUCACUGUGGACGGGUCGGAGCUGGUCAUGAAGAAGAUGCAACCCGCCGACUCGGGGCUCUUCAAGGUCACCGACCUGGCCGGCUUCACUGUGGCUCACGUUUACAUAGACGUGGAAGCCUAUAAAAUGGCUCCUCUGGCUGUUGCCAUCCUGUCCAUGCUGGGCCUGAUCGCCUUCUUGCUGCUGGUGUGCCUGCUGUCCUGCCUCUAUAAAAUACAUAAAAGAAACGAGAAGAACAAGAAGCUGACGCUCAUCGCCCAGCAGGCCGGCAAGAAGGACGGGGAAGCUUUCCGACAGGUGGUCCAUGAGGCUUACAGCAGGUUCACUGAAGAGUCUCUGAUGCAGUCAGUGUGUGAUAAACCUUCAGAAACCACCGAGGUCACCAUCAAGGGUCUGGAGGUGUCCAAACCCGGCCGCUACCAGACUCUUCCCUCUGACAACUUCCUGGAAAUGAGUGACUCUGGAGUCGAGUUCAGCCACUCUGGACUCCCGCUGGACAGCGACACCGAGGCAGUGAUGACCUACGCCUCCCACAAGCCCCUCCUGAACGCCGCCUCCCCUCCAGCCGUGACGGACGGCGUCAUGAUGUCCGACAGCCUGGAAGCCAUGGCAGCCAUGGACGGAGACCUGAGCGCCGUCCGAACCCCGGACUCCGUCCUCAGCGCCAGCCCCGCCUCCAACCCGCGCUCGGCCUCGGCCGCCACGCCUGACGGCAGCCUGCAGGGGGCCGCGUCCCCGGCGACGGCCUCCAGGGUCACCGCGGGGUCCGACUCGGCCAAGACAGAGGGCGGGGCGGAGGGAGAAGAAGACGGUCAGAAGGAGUAAUCAGGAAGUGCCAGAGUGUUUCUGGAACCUUUUGUUAUCCGAACAUCUGAAACAUCACAGAUUAAACAGAGGAUGGACGUAGAUGUCCAUCCUCAUGGACGUAGAUGUCCAUCCUCUGGACGUUUUUCAAACACAGAGUUUGAGAAAAUGAAAGGCUACAACCUCACUGUCUAUCAAAAGAACAAAGUAAUCUAGUGCAUAAAUUGCAUGCAGUUCCGGAAAACACAAAAGAAGAUAUCUUAGAUCAGACGUAGAAGUUAGAGUAGACUACAUGCAUGCUUUAACAAAUGAAAUGCACUUAAAUCACAUCAAAUCAGCUGAAUUCCUGUCAAACCGGUUCAGUAAUGAGAAAAUGACAAACCUUUGAGGGUAGUGACAGACAGGCGGCGUGUUUCAGACAGCCUUUGAGCUGCAGCGUGUUUCCUCUGACGCCACGUUCUCAGAAAAUCACAGCAAUGAGUGAUUUCAGUCUGCUCUGUUAUUAACAGCACAAGCAUGUCAGAAAACAUCCCCGCAUCUCACAUGAAACUGCUUGUUUCAGCAUCCGCUCGCUGCGAUGAGCCACUCGAGGUGUUAUGUCUCAAACAACAACAACAACAAAAACACAUCAUGCAAGAUGAAACCGGUUCAAGUAGACGGAGCAGCAACAAAUCUCUGAAACUGCUGCUGGUUGUUUCAAAUAUUAGGUGUCAGAUCUGCAACAUUUGAAGGAUUUGUCAGAGGAAACCUGUCAAAACGUUCCACUUUAUCUCACUCAACAGUCAAAAGUAUCAUCAUCUCUGUUUUUGUUUGCUGCUUCUAGUUAUCAUUCACUCGGUUCCAGGAAGGGAAAGAAUUCAGGGGAAACUGACUGGCAUUUGUGUGACUUUCAGAGCGAAUCUCGAGAGCAUAAUUGGAUUCCAGGUCUCUUUGCAGACAGACCAAUUCAUGGACGCCGUGGAGUGCGGACUGGUAAUAAAAGAGCUGAAAGCGCUGGGAAAAGGGUAGGAUUCAGGGAACAGAUGAAUGACAUCCAUGAUUCAAAGCCUAUUUUCAUCUCGGCCCGGAAUCCGCCUCACAGAGCUCUCAUUAUUGGAGCCCAGUUGUUUGGCAAAAUGAAGUAACUGGAAAGAUAAAGUUGGAUCAGGGCGUGAUAACGACGCGGCCUUUAGCUUCAGUAAAAUGAGCGGCUGUCAGAGAGGUGUGUGUGUGGAGGAGAGAGUUUCAUUCAAUUCAGCCAAAAUCAUCAAACACUGGAGAGAAACAUGAGUCUGAGUUACAAACCUUCAGCUGACGGUAAAAUGAUCAACACUCCUGUCUGUAAAAAAAGGUUUAUAGGAUUUAAAUACAAAAAAAUACAUUGGCAUGCAUGCAUUGCUAAUAGUACUUAGCAUAGUCACUGAGCUCUACUAUUA